AUCAAUAAAAUAAGCCCUUCUAACAAACGCUUUCGUACAGAUUUCACAGCAAACAGUUGCUGUGAGUUAGUAAACGUGACAAGUUGUUGUGCUGUAGACGCUCUCUCAGUUCGACGGUUGUUCACAGUCCGCCAAAGUUAAGCAAACAAAAAAACUAUAUUGAAAAGGAGAAUAAAUAAUAAAAAAAAGUUAAUUAGUAUAAAUGAAACGCGAGCAUACAUAUUAAUUGAGAAGGCAUCACAAAAAAUGUAAAUUAACUAUAAAAAUUGGCUUGAAGUAAUUGUUGUGUUAGUGUUUUGUUGCCCGGCUUUUCAGUAACAGUAAAUUGUGCGUCCCCUACAAUGGCGUUAAAUACCAUAGGACACUGACGUAACAAAUAAAAGGCAAAAUUUCAUUUCGCAUUUGCAUCGGAUUUGAUUUUGCUGCCUAUCAACGCCUAGGUCUAUGAGAACCUAUUCACUUGCCACCAACUCUAUAUAUUUUAAUUAAGAUUUUUGAAACACUGCCGCUCCAAUAAUGGACACCAACAAUCAACUAUGCGAUCAAAACGGAGCUUCAAAAGUCCUGCCAAAAAAGUCUGUUAAAACAAAGAAACGUAAUAAAAGUGAUUUGGGUGAUAAAUUUGUCGCUCCCGACGGCGGCUGGGCAUGGUUGGUAGCUGUGGCUAGUGGUUUUAAUAUGUUGGUUAUAUUUGCUGCCGCCCACCAGUUUGGCAUAAUUUUCCAUCAACAUAUGACGGAAUUGAAAAUUUCGAAUACCCAACUUACAACAAUAAUUAAUACACAAAUCGCGGUGUCCGGGUUAACAGGUAUCAUAAAUGGGCCCCUCUUUCGAAGAUUCUCAUACCGGCAAGUUGGCUUGAUUGGUUCGGUAUUAAGUUUCGCUGGCCUUUUUGCCUGUGCCUUUGCCGACUCAUUUCUGUGGUUCAUUUUCUCUUUUUCCUGUUGUUAUGGCUUUGGCAGAAGUUUUGUCAUAUCUUCUUUAACGAUAGCUAUAAACACAUAUUUCGAUAAGCAAAGACGCGCUGCUGCUUCCUACAGAUUUGGCGUGGCUAGCUUGGGGCCAAUAUUUCUGCCUUAUUUAGCCACUUUUCUAAUGGAUUCGUAUGGAGUGAAAUACACCAUGCUAUGUUUUGCUGCCUUUUCGCUGAAUGCAUUUGUGGGAUCGCUUAUAUUUCAGCCAGUAAAAUGGCAUGUGAAAAAAGAGAAACCGGAAAUGGAAGUUUUGGAGAAAUUUCAAGUGGACGAUGAUAAAGGAAAUGAUUUAAGCAUAGAAACCAGACGAGAAGAAGAGCUAUUCCCAAAAUAUACCAAGAAAGAGACAGAGCACUAUCAGCACGAACUGCACCAAUUAAAUGGCACAAGGGAGAGCGCAAACAAUCAUUCUCUCUCACUAACUACUAAGGAGAAACAGGUGGUGCAAGGGGAAAAAGAAGACGACCCAAAGAAGCCCAGAAAAUCAUGCAUGUCAAGUUUUGUGACUUUCUUUGAUUUGGAUUUGCUGCGUGAUUUCUCUUACCUAAAUUUGGUCAUAGGCUUGACACUGAUCAAUUUUUCUGAAAUGAACUUUGUCAUUUUAACACCCUUCAUAUUGAAAGACUUUGGCUUUGCUAUGCAUGAUAUUGCCCUAGCCUUGUCAUUAAUGGGGUUUUGUGACCUGAUUAUACGAUUUCUGGUGCCAGUUAUAACAUCCAAAUUGAAACUCAGCAACAAGGCGUACUUUACCUUUGGUGUUCUAGCCAUGUGCGUGGGACGCUUCGCCCUUACGUUCGAUAUCAAUUUUAGCUCAAUGAUUGCCAUCUUUCUUUGGAUGGGGUUUUGCAAAUCUUUUCGCACGGUCAUUUCCUCUCUGCUUAUACCGGAUCAUGUGCCCCUCAAGAGGCUGCCUGCUGCAGCGGGUAUACAACGUGUGAUAUCUGGAGCAUUUUGCAUGGCAUGUGGACCUCUCGUCGGUCUCAUACGAGAUAAAACAAGUUAUGGCUUUACUCUGAACUGCUUCAAUUUGCUUUGUGUAUUGGCCUUACUUCUGUGGUUUAUGGAAUAUUUAAUUCACAAAUGCAGCAAACCAUCUGUGCUGGAUAAAAAGGAUUUUUGCUAGCUUUAGUACCAGCUACAAUGAGGCGAGACAAGGAUUAAGUUUUAACGGGCAUUACAUCUUACUCAACUCACUCUUUCAAACGCUCUGCUUUGGUAAAUCGAGAAGGAUUCCAAUGGGG